AUGCAUAAAGACCAGUUUUCCGAGAAUGAUUCUAAAAUAAGCUUUAAAGUGUUUUAUUCCAGGAAGAAAAGGCCGUAUACGAACGCUGAAGGGGCGGUAAUACAAGAGGACCGCUAUGGGACGUCACAGCCCUUUCGCUUCGGAGAGGAUGGCUACAACAAUCGGGCUCUCAACAAUCUCCCCUAUCACCGCUUGCACGCGGCUCACGUUGACCUUCUCAAGAAGGAGUGUCUCGCCAACGUGCACUUCUGCGUUGCUAAGUUACAUGCACUUCCUGUUGAGGCGCUUUUAGACGACUUCACGGCGGCCAAAGCGGCAUUCCCGGGGAAACCCCUGAUCACGUGCAUUCUGGAGGCGCUUUUGCUCUCCCGGAAGGGGCUUCAAAUGGAUCCGGUUCAGUUCAUGCCUCAGCUACUAGGGCGCCUGGAGGACAACGAGGUUUGAAAUAGGACUGAUAUGAGCCUCGUUUCAAGA